GCUUGGUGGUGGCAGUGUAUUUUUAACCUAAGCUGGUAAAAAAUAAGCUUAGGGGGUCUUUCAUGCAGGUCCCCACAUCUGUACCCUAAAGUUCAGAGUGGGGAGGGAAGCUUGACAUGGUGGCAGAUCGGUGGGAUCAUUAUUGAACCAAAAGCACAGCAGGAUUUUUAAAAGGAUUCUUGUUAGUUUUUUUUCCCCUCUGCCUGAAGGCAGAGGGGUCAAGUUACAGUAACAAAGGAAUUUACAAGAUGGAUUUUUUUUUUUCUUUCUAACUCUCGGGUAUAGCUAGCUUAGACCCAGAAAGGCCGAACACUGACUGGUGUGAAAAUCUCUGUUAACUAAGUAGCCCCUGAACUGAGUACAUACCAGUUUGUGAACUGCAGAGGGGGUGUGGACCCAGCACAAGAAAGCAGGAAAAUGAGUACCAGUGAUGCCGCUAAUAAACUAGAGCUGGCCAGACUGGAAGCACAAGAGAAUGAAAAGAAUCAUAAGAGACUGCUCGAAUUAAAACAACUCGAGAAAGAAGCUGCUGAAAGAGCAGAGAAAGCCAAAGAGGCUGCCCACAAGAGAGCUAUGGAGGAGAAAGAAAAAGAGAUGGAGGAGAGGGAAAGAGAGAGGAAGCAUGAAAUGGAGUUAGCGAGGGCAAGGGCUAAGCAGGAUAUACCAGACAACCCUAGCAACCCCUUUCCAGGUACCGCUUCCCAUCCCAGAAAAUUCCCCACCGACAAGGCAGGCGAUGAUACCGAGGCCGCCUUAGAAAAUUUCGAAAGGGCCUGCCUUGGGUACAGCAUCACUUCAGACCAGUACAUGGUAGAGCUGAGGCUGCAGCUCAGUGGACCCUUAGCAGAGGUGGCGGCUGAAAUGCCUAAGGAACACAUGAACAGUUAUGAACUUUUUAAAAACAAGGCCAGAAUCAGAAUGGGGCUAACACCCAAGCAUGCCUGUCAGCAGUUCAGAGCUCUAAGGUGGAAACCAGACAUGUCAUUUACCCAACAUGCCUACUACAUUGUGAAAAAUUGGGAUGCCUGGAUAUCAAGAGCAAGUGUUAAAUCUCCAGAAGAGUUGCCUUUCCUAAUGCAAAUGGAGCAGUUUUUAGACAGUGUUCCUGAGGAAAUAGAAAGGUUCCUCCUAGCUGGGAAGCCCAAAACUCUAACCAAGGUGGGGGAGAUUGGAGCCAAAUGGGUGGAGGUGGCAGAAAAGAAAAAACUAGUAGCAGUUGGAGCAAAUAUCAGAAGUGGUAACCCAAAACAAAACCCUAUCACUGGGGGCAACCCAAGGCCCCACCUACAUCCCAAGGAAAACCCCAGACACCUUAUUGUCCCACCACACCAGUCUCCAGCAACCCACCUCGCUCCAGUGACCAGUAAGCUGGGCGAUGUUUUAAAUGUAAUGAGCUGGGGCAUGUGAAGGCCAAUUGCCCCAAGAACCCCAACAGACUGCAGUUCAUUACGCCAGAGUCACACCCAAGGUCCUCAGGCUCAGAUGCCUCCCAGGUACCCUCAGAGUGAAGGAAAACUGUGAGUGUGGGCAGGAAGAAGGUUACAGCGUGGAGGGACACUGGAGCACAUGUGUCAGCUAUCCACCAAUCCUUAGUAGACCCCAAAUUUGUCAACCCAGAGGCCCAAGUGACAAUUCAACCAUUCAUGUCAAAAUCUUUAAACUUACCUACAGCUAAGUUGCCUGUCCAGUACAAGGGCUGGUCAGGAAUGUGGACUUUUGCAGUCUAUGAUGAUUAUCCCAUUCCCAUGCUGCUAGGGGAAGAUUUGGCCAACCAUGUGAAGCUAGCCAAGAGGGUGGGAA